AUGCAGCCACCUCUUGGGGGUCCUCCUCAGCUGCAGGCUCCCCCUGCUCGGGAUCCUGUAACAAAAUUGCAGAUUCUUUUGGGGAACUUGCUCAAACACUUCACGGAUGUGGUUGUGCAUCUGUCUGAAGUUGCCCCGCCACGCUCCAUCUCAGGCGCGGUUGACGUCGACGAACCUUCCGAAGUAACGGAGGCCUCCAACCCAGCUGUUAGGACUACAAUGACCGAGGGACAGCUGAAUGAGUUUAUUCUCAGCUGCUCCAAGGGGGUCGGCAAUCUUGUGCACGUCAUAGAAGAGGAGGCAGAGAAGCUUCCAGAAGGCAUCCAAUCGCAGGAAGAAGUCGAGAGCGAAAUACGAUAUUUGGAGAGAGAAAAUGAAGCGGCCGCAGCGGAACUGAAGCAACUCGUGGCAGCCGUGCGCCAUGUGCGAGAAGCAAUCAGAGAGGCAUACAGGGAUGCGGCCACCGACGGCACUGGCAUCACCAUAGACUAG